AUGGCAGCUACACCAGCUGAAGCAUUGUCGGCCCUCCAGCAGCUCGAGCAAGAUGGAGACUUGAAGAAAAGACUCACGAUUGUCCGCAUCAGUGAGCCCAUUUCCACCGAUGUGGGGAGUUCCUAUGCAUCACCCUCGAGAAGAGGCUCAGAUAUCUCGACCUCGAAUCUGGAAAACCCCACUCCGUCCUCCCUGGAGGCAGAUCUCUCGCAUUACAAGGAGCUAUUUUCCAAGCUUCGAUUCUCCUACGUCGAGCAAGUCACGAAAGAAAAGUUUCUGCGCUCAAUUGUGGGCGACCCACCAGUGAUCGUGGGACACAAUGAGAACAUGGAACUGGAGGCGCAAAUGGCGGAGGUGAAAGCUGAACUGAAAGCGCGAAAGGAAGAAGUGCGAGUGAUGAUUGAACAAAUGGAGCAGAUGGGCCGGGAUCUGGCAAGCCGGUACAAGGAUGUUGAACUUCAAACGACACAGCUCUCCACGCUGCCAGCCUCGAUUGAGACCCUCGAGUCGACCAUUGCUGGUCUUCGCGCGAAACAGGUUGCCAACAUGGGCCCCUCUGAUGCCAACAACCCUUCGUCCCAGAGUCUUCCUUUGCCGGCAAGUUUAGCACUGUUGGCUGAACGCGAGGCGGAGCUGGCAGCUUUGAACCGCCAAUUAGCUGCUGUGCAGAACACCUUACCUCGGAAGACUCGAGAAGCCGAGGCGAUUGAGAGAGAGACCAGUGUGCUCGAGCGACGCAAGUCCGACGCUGUUGCGCAAGCGCAAGAAGCACAACGCAAGAAGCAGCAGGGCGAGAGUGAUGGACUAGAAGAGAUGGGCCGGUGGUAUCGGGGCGCGGAGGAAACACUCAAGGAGCUUGUGGGGACCACCAAGGCAUGA